CACUCCUUAUUUAAACAAUAGAAUUCACAACUUCAUUCGACCAAAGAAAAAGGUGUUCACAAUGGGAGUUAAUACUGAGGACAAAAAAGUUGUCUUCUUACCAGUUGAUGCCAGUGAUCAUUCUGCUCGAGCGUUUCAAUGGUAUCUGGAUAAUUUAAGAGGGGAAAACGACGAGUUACACUUUUCAUUUGUCAUUAAACCAAUAUUUACAACACCAACAGUUGAACUGGCUAUGGCAUCUUCACCAAUAACCGAUAUUAUGCAGUCAACACAAGAGAACAUUGAAAAUGCAAAGAAACUUUUACAAAAAUACUUGAUAAAAGCAAGGCGUUUUGGUAUUUCUUGUCAAGCAUUUGUUCAUGUACAUGCUAAACCUGGACCAACUUUGGUUAAAUUCGCUGAAGAACAGAAAGUAGAUAUUAUAAUAAUGGGAUCCAGAGGACUUGGUUUGAUUGGCCGUACAUUACUUGGCAGUGUUACAAACUACGUAAUGCUUCAUACAAAAACUCCAUUGGUAGUUAUACCUCCUCCAGUAAAAUAAUUCUUAUCUACUGCUGUUUCAAUACUAUCUGCACUCAUUAACCGAGGAUAGCUUCUAUUAUUUUGAAACAAAUUGUCUGUAUGUCAUGUAAUUGCGUAUAAUAUUUUAAUCCUUUCAGUGAUCGUUCUUUUUUAUAGUUUUUAAGUUUACAUCAAUUAUGUGACUGUGUUUAGUUUAAAACAAAGGAGGUUUUUGAUGUUACAAAGAAUGUGAUUAAAACUAAAAGAAUAUUUUAAUUUAUUAAGCACAAAUACUUAUAAAUUUGU